AUGGAAUACUUAUCUAGGAUCAUGCUUAAAGUUAGCUCUUAUCCUAGUUAUAAAUUCCAUGAUUGGUGUGCUAGUUUGAAGUUGAAUCAUUUAUGUUUUGCUGAUGACAUAUUGUUAUUCAGUCAUGGAGACUUUAUUUCUAUCCUUUGGAUGCUUAGGGGACUCAAGUUAUUUUCCAAGACUUCAGGACUCUUUCCAAAUGAGGCUAAGUCUGCAAUAUAUUGCAGUGGCAUGUGUGAGUCUGAGAUUGAGAGAGUAGUGUCUGCUUCAGGAUUCACACAAUCUUCAUUACCUUUCAGGUACCUGGGCAUUCCUAUCUGUUCUAAAAGGAUUUCUAAUGCUGAGUGUGGGAUCAUUCUAGAUAAAAUGGUGGCCAGGAUUAAACAAUGGAGUUCUAGAAAUUUAUCAUAUAGUGCCAGAGCAACAUUGAUCAAUGCGGUUUUACUGUCAAUACACUCUUAUUGGGCUCAAAUAAUGGUAUUGCCAAAAAAGCUAUUGAAGGAUAUAGAUGCAAUUUGUAGGGCUUUUUUGUGGAAGGGAGAUGAAGAAGCUCAUGGUCCACUGUCUGUACUCCAAAAUCUGCAGGAGGGUUAG